AUGACACCCGCUCCUACUGGCCGCCGCAGCCCUGUCAUCGUAGGUGAUGCUAUGUCGGGCGGCGAUUUCAACAAUUUUUCCUCCGAUGGGGAUUUGGCAGAGUUUCUCGACUUCAAUUCUAAUAGCCCAGAUACCCUUCAGACAAUGGAAACACUCGGCGGAUCGGACCCUAAAGGAUUUCUUGCGCCUCAAGACCUGACCUCAACAGCAACUUUCCCCGACUCUCCGAACGGCUCAUCCUAUCAAGAUUCGUCAUCCGAGUCGGCUUCUUCUAAACGCACCACCAGCCGGACAUCUUCCAAGGCGGCUAUGAACACGACUGAUAUGAUGGUGGACGAGGAUGAUGUCAAGAUGGAAUGGGGAAACCCUAGCUUUUCAACAUAUGAAGACGACUCUGCCUAUGCGUUUGGUAGCAGCGAUGCCGACACUGCCUUGGAAAGCAUGUAUACAUUCACCGACCACAACGAUACUUUCCUCGAUCACCCUUAUGCUUUUGAUACCGCGUCUAGUAGCCCAAAUGGCGAAAACUCAGUCACAUCACCUCCAAUGCCCACGAUUAAUCCACAUGGCUUCACUAGGGACGCAACACCAAAGAGGAAAAAACCACAAGGCCACCAAAAAGCUUCAUCGCAAUACUCUGUCUCGUCAGCAAUGAAUGCACUAAAAACAACGACAUCGCGUGAAAACUCGCCCAUGUCUAACAACAUGAUCAUGAGCCAAGAUCCCUCUCCAGUUGCCAUGUUCAAUUCGCCUUCGCCUCACAAUCCAGUGGAUUUCUCCUCAAGGGCUGCGAAUGGAGCAGGAUUGGGAUGGCCAAGCAGAAACGGCGUGGCAGGACAAUCUGCACCCGAUGCCUUGCCUCUGCAUUUUAGCGGUCAGAUUAACCAGCCUAUGCCCAUGCCUCAGCAGUUGAACAUGCCUACGCCAUACAACGUAACUGGACAAUACAGUCUGACGAUCUUGCCCACGCCGUUCAAGUCACGGGUCGAGACCCAAAUCCCUAUCAAGAUGGUAUUGUCUCCAAUGCCGCCAGGAGUUACCAAGCUGCACCUGCCACCUCACACUAUUUCGAAACCCAAGCUACUGGCAAAGCCAUCGCCCAAGAAAUCGCCGGAUAUGCUCGAAUUGUUUGUGUCCUUAGUAUGCACGAGUGCUAUGGACGAACCUGGUAGGACGGAGAACGCUCUUAAACGUGCUGCUUCACACCCUCAACGUUAUCUCCCCCCUGACAACGAUGACAAGAACGCUCCUUCGAAGGGCGGCGAUGUACGUAUCUGUGCAGGCUGUAUAACCCGCGAGCGUAAGCGCGCUGCCAGGAAAAAGGUCAAGAAGCCUGAGGAAGAAGAGGUUUGGCAACAGGAUGAGCAACACCGUGUGAUUGUUUUCAAUACCCAGGAAAUAAAGGAAUGGCAACCUGCUAAUGGUCCUAUGGCGGUCCCUGGUACCUUGCAAGUCGAUGCCCCAAUGCGCAUUGCUUGCUACUGUCGGCACCACGGUGAAAAGGCUGGAUUCAAUGUCAUUUUCACCAUUAAGGACUUCGAGGACAGAGUCAUUGCCCAAGCAAUGUCAAAACCGAUUAUGAUUACUGACGAUCAUAAAACACACCCCCAGGCUCAGACUGCGGCCCAACAACAACCGGGCGUCCCCGAAGCUCCUGUACCAGUACCAGUACCAGGACCUGCUCCUCAAGCUGCGGUUGAGACCAGCGCUCUUCUACCUCCCACUCCUAAUGGGGCUUUCAGCAUGUCACCAACCAACGGUGACGUUCCCAAUAUGCCUAGGAAUAGCCAACCUCCAUACCAAUCGUCCAUGUCCAACGUGACACCGACUGGCGCCUGCGGGAGGAUGCUCUCUCGUCCAGGUUCCCCUACCCUGGGUGGCCCAAUAGCUAAGAAGAGAAAAUCGAGCGCGUCUAGAGUACCGAACGGGCUGACCAUGACCCGCAUGGACACCACGCCCUCUCCAGGUUCUCAAGCAGCCCAGCUGCCCAAUACUACAUCUCCCUUUACCCCUGGACUUGGUGGUUUCCCCCAGGCUGAGUCAUACGUCGGACAACAAUCACUCAUGUACGCCAGUGCCGGUCCCCCAACGCCUAGCAGCAACGAGGCAUUCUUCAACGGCAACCGUUCUGCUAGUAUGGACAACAUGAUGAUGGUGCCCCCACUAUACUCUGCACCCGCCUCCAAUAACGCAAGUCGAGCUCCUAGCCCGGGUUCAUUGAUGAAUGGCGUCGCCAACCAAUUCUCCCAGGAUACAAGCAGUAACAUGUUCUCCGUACCUAUCGGCGGUAAUGAGACGCGGUUACCUCCUGUAAUUCAUAAGAUAAUUCCUAACCAAGGCCCUAAGAUCGGAGGAGUUGAGGUUACUGUCUUGGGUGCUGCCUUUUCCCAGGGACUUGAGGUCUGGUUUGGUAACCAGAAGGCCACAACCACUACAUUCUGGGGGGAAUCCUCGCUAGUGUGCUUGUUGCCUCCUUCGCCUGUGGUAGGGCUCGUUCCCGUUCAUUUCAAGCAUGCAAACCCACAGGCCGCGCAAGCGUUCGCCAUGACCAAACAGACUCCCUUCUUCAAAUAUGUUGAUGACAAUGAGGAAAAGCUUAUUCGACUCGCUUUGUCCGUACUUGGAAACAAGAUGUCUGGUAACAUGAUGGAUAUCCAAGACCUCGCUAGAAGGAUCUUGGACGAUAGUCCAUCAGCUUGGUCUGGUGGCCCCUCGGGUGGCCCCUCGUCGGGUGGCCAAAUGUUUAGUCACGCUCCUUACGCUCAUCUCGAAUCCCAGCUCCUGAAGUGCUUGGACCUUAUUGAUCUGGAUGACAGCACGCACAGAACCCGCCUGGAUCUCAAGAGAUCUACAGGCCACACUAUGCUUCACCACGCUUGCUCAUUGGGCUAUCAUAGAUUUGUCGCUGCCUUGCUAGCCAGAGGUGCCAGCCCUAAUGCCCAGGACAAGGGUGGCUUCUCACCUCUGCAUAUCGCUGCGAUCCAUAACCACGCUGAGAUUGUGCGGAGAUUGAUGUUGCACGGUGCUGACCCCACGCUCCGAAGCGACUCUGGCCUUGCUGCAGCUGAUGUUGCUCAAUCUCGCGCCGUCUUGCGUACCAUCCGCCGCUCUGAACGUCACAUUCGCUCUCGCAGCAGCGGCGGUUCUUUACACAGUCGGGCUAGCAGUGCUACAUCGCUACGAUCGUUGUGGGAACCCAUGACAAAGGUCCACACUCACGAUGAACCUAUUUCACCAGAUUCAAGCGAAGAGAGCCCCGAAUACACGUCUGGGGAUUUUGAAGAUGAAGAUCCUGAUGAGAAUGAUUAUUUGAGCAUGCGAAGACCCAGUGGCUUCCGGCAAGAUCGCGAACGCCCGAAUCUUCGCCGCCGGAUGACCGGUGAACUGGAGGAAGAGCUUGUCCCUCCUGUUACCGCCAUGGCUGCUACGCCAGCUGCACUGAAGGAGCAACUUCAACAACAAAUCCAUCAAUUCCAGCAGUCAAUUGCUAUGCAGUUUCAGAAUCUACCGCACUUCCCUCAAAUGCCCGCGUUCCCCAAUAUGCCCGACUACCAAGCCCCCUUUAUGCGACGGGUCCAGCAAUUCAUGCCAGGCAUGGCAGGGCCUCGACCAGAAGGUGAGCAGCCCCAGCGUUGGUGGGAUUCAGCACCCAAGGCAAGUGCGUCUGCGCCCCCAGCCUACGAGGAGAUUUACCCUCGCGAAGAACUUGAUCGAAAGCAAGCCUCUGCUGCUCGAGCUGCUGUGGAGGCUGAGGCUGAUCAGAAGUGCGCGGCUUUAUUCGAUCUGCCUACCGCUACAGAGGUUGAGACCGAGUCAGUCGAGGUUACCGAAGUCACUGAGAUCACUCAGGCUAAGGCAGAAGAGCCAGAGGUUCUCAAGAUCGGGCGAAAGAAUGCCAUUACUAAGGAGCAGCAAGAGCAAUUCCGCCGAGCACAUGAAGUCAAGAUGAAGAGGAUUAGCAGUGAUCACAAUCUAUUCUUCAUCUGGAUUCCUCUCCUUCUUGUCAUGAUUUGCGCAAUGCUAUACAGCUACUUCCCGUGGCUCUUCACCUUUGCCUGGGCAUUUGUUCGAUCACUAUAUAACCAUGGGCUUAGCAAGACUCAGCAACUUAUUCAACACAACCUUCCAGACCAAAUCGAACGGGUCAUUGAAGUUUGA